AGACUUUUUGUUAUGCAACAAUGACAAGACUUUUAUUCAAUUAAAAAAAAGCAAUAAUUGAGAACACAACUGUUCACUCAAAUUUUUGCAUAGCUUUAGCUCUGACUGUGAGUUUACUAUGGCGGGGUGUUUCAGUUUCACCGCUUACCGUGACCGCUGCUACCGCUUCUCCUUCUCCAACGCCGGCCUCAAAUCAACCACCACAGAUCUCGGCCACGGCACAAUCAUGCACUGUUGGAUCCCCAAAACUCACAAAAACUCCAAACCUUCUCUCCUCCUCCUCCACGGCAUGGGAGCCAACGCAAUGUGGCAAUGGAACGACUUCAUUUCACCGCUCACCCGUCGUUUCAACGUCUACGUCCCUGACCUGCUUUUCUUCGGCGAAUCACACACAACUCAACCCGAUCGGUCCGAAGCUUUUCAGGCUCAGUGCGUUGCCGCAUUAAUGGAGGCUCACGGUGUUCGAUUAAUGAACGUCGUAGGUAUUAGUUACGGUGGAUUUGUAGGGUAUAGUUUGGCGGUGCAGUUUCCGGAGCGUGUGGGGAAAGUUGUGAUGUGCUGUGCGGGGGUUUGUUUGGAAGAUAAGGAUAUGGAGGAAGGUUUGUUUAGAGUCAAGAGUAUUGAUGAAGCUGCUACUAUUUUGAUUCCACAGACUCCUGAAAAGAUGAAGCAGCUUGUUCAGCUUGCGUUUGUUAAACCUAUUAAUGUUAUGCCAACUUGUUUUCUCACUGAUUUCAUUGAUGUGAUGUGCACUGAAUAUCGGCAGGAGAAGAAGGAACUAAUUGAAACAUUAUAUAAGGAUAGAAAACUGUCUAAUCUUCCUAAGAUUACCCAGUUUUGCAAUGUUGCAGCCUACACUAAUAAUCUGGGGAGAACAGGACCAGGUAUUCCCACUGGAAUUAGCGCACAGACUGAAAAGGCAUCUGGGAGAGAAUGCACAACUAGCUGUUGUUAAGAAUGCAGGGCAUGCAAUCAACAUGGAGAAACCCAAGAAACUGUAUAAGAUUUUAAAAUCCUUCCUCAUAGAUUCUGUUACUCCAUCAAUGCAAGAAAACCACAGUAAUGGUCUCAAACUGGAUUAGCGGGGCCGACUUAUAGAAAUUAUAGAUAUGUUUGUGUAGUGUAUCUAUUAUUUUAUUACAUAGUAAACAGCCAUACUGUAUAUUUUCUUGCAUGGGAUAAGGUACGUGAAGCUUGUAAAGAUGGUUCUGAAAAGAGAAAGACUGCAUUAAGGUGUGGAUGUAGAUGAGCACCAGAGUCUGGUUCAAAGACAUAUAUUGCUAAGGGAACACUGGAACAGAGAUUACACAAUACACAUGUAAUAUGCUGAACUUAUUUCAACACUUAAUAGUGUGUGUAUAUGUAUUGCAAACA